AUGCCCUACCUAUAUGGCACAGCACUCUGUAUUAAUAUACCCUACCUCUACGGCACCGCACGCUGUAUUAAUAUGCCCAACCUCUACGGCACCGCACGCUGCAUUAAUAUGCCCUACCUCUACGGCACCGCACGCUGUAUUAAUAUGCCCAACCUCUAUGGCACCGCACGCUGCAUUAAUAUGCCCUACCUCUACGGCACCGCACGCUGUAUUAAUAUGCCCAACCUCUACGGCACCGCACGCUGUAUUAAUAUGCCCAACCUCUAUGGCACCGCACGCUGCAUUAAUAUGCCCUACCUCUACGGCACCGCACGCUGUAUUAAUAUGCCCAACCUCUAUGGCACCGCACGCUGCAUUAAUAUGCCCUACCUCUACGGCACCGCACUCUGUAUUAAUAUGCCCAACCUCUAUGGCACCACACGUUGCAUUAAUAUGCCCUACCUCUACGGCACCGCAUGCUGCAUGAAAAUGCCCUACCUCUAUGGCACCGCACGCUGUAUUAAUAUGUCCAAUUCUAUGGCACCGCACGCUGUAUAA